AUGGUACGCAUGAAUGUCAGGGCAGAUGCUCUCAGAAGCAUCAACAAUGCUGAGAAGCGAGGAAAACGCCAGGUUCUUAUUAGGCACUGCUCUAAAGUAAUUGUCCGGUUCUUAACUGUGAUGAUGAAGCAUGGUUAUAUUGGCGAAUUUGAGAUCACUGAUGAUCACAGAGCAGGAAAAAUUGUUGUGAACCUCACGGGCAGAUUAAACAAGUGUGGUGUAAUCAGCCCCAGAUUUGAUGUUCAAUUGAAAGAUCUGGAAAAGUGGCAGAAUAAUCUGCUAUCAUCCCAUCAGUUUGGGUUCAUUGUGCUUACAACCUUAGCUGGCAUCAUGGACCAUGAGGAAGCAAGAUGA